GAGCCAAUCAAACGCAGUCUGGGAAUCGAUGCGCACGCCUGCCAAGCGCCAGAAGGUCGAGGCCGAGCCGGCCGUCGUCGCCGAAUACGAGAUCCGCGAUGGCUACCGCUACGUCAAGCCCUACGUCUUCAAGUUCAUGGCGCACGCCAAGCAGCGCUGGUUCAAUCGGACGCUCAUGGACGUCUUCACGACCGAGUUUGGCGCCUUCUCGCCCGACUACUACGUCAUGGCCAUUGAAUCCGGUCGGAUCACGCUGAAUGGUGCGCGCACGACGCCCGAGACGGUCCUCAAGAACGGCGACCUCAUCUGUCACAUGACGCACCGCCACGAACCACCCGUCGUUGGCGACGAUAUUCCAGUCGUCUACGAGACCCCCGACCUCGUGGUCGUUUCCAAGCCAUCGACCGUGCCGACGCACCCCUGCGGCGCCUACCGCCACAAUUCGCUGCAUUUCAUUGUCCUGGCGAGCCGCCCCGACUUGACGGCACUGCACAUUGUGCACCGCUUGGAUCGCUUGACGUCCGGUGUCGUGGUUUUAGCCAAGACGACGGCCAAGGCCCGUGAACUCUCCAAAUGCAUUGCGGACCGCACGGCGUCGAAAGCAUACUUGGCGCGCGUUCGGGGCGAGUACCCCGAGACUCUCACGCCCGAGUGGCUCGCGUCCGCAUCGGCGACAGCGGCGGCGACGACACCGCUCGCUGUGCUGUCGAUGGAGUCGCCGACGCAGCUCCGUAUCCAGUGCCCGCUCGCUUGCAAGUCGCACAAGGACGGCGUCUGGGGCUGCGCGGUGCCCGGUGAAGACGCCAAGGAGGCCGAGACCGUUGUUGAGUUUCGCUGUGCUAUGGACGACGGCACGAGCGUCGUCUACGUCAAGCCGGUGACGGGCCGCACGCACCAAAUUCGACUCCACCUGCAGCUCCUUGGUUUGCCGAUCGCCAACGACCCGUGCUACGGCGGCCAACUGCAUUUUGGCCGGCACGAUCUUCUCGCGACCGAAGACAAUAGUGUCAUCAAGGACAAGGACGACGACACCGCGUACUUUACACCGCGUCUGGACGGCGAGUCGGACGAUGCGUUUAUGCAGCGAACGUGCACGCGGUGCCAGACCGUGCAAGUCAACCGCAACCACUUGCAUUGCUCGUGCAUUUGGCUCCACGCGCUCGAGUACAAGCUCGCGGGCGAUACGUUUGCCGUGCCGCCGCCCGCGUGGGCCACGCCAAAGAGCUCGUCCAGCAGCGCCUUGUAGUGAACUACGGAGCCCGGAUGCGGAAAGAGGUCGGCCGCAAUUAGGUACAAGUCGUCGUCGGACAGCGGCGCCUGCAGACUGCGUAGCGCCGCCAUGACUGCAUCUUCCCCUACGCAGGAUACCACACCAACAGUCAAUGAAGAGGAUUGAUCGAUCGUCCAA